ACACGGCCCAUGUAACACAGUAUCACUCCGAUCACUCAAGCAGGGCGUUUGUCUACCUUUCAGCUUUUCAUGACUCAGCUGAGCUUUGCGAGGGCAUAGCAAAUACACAACUCCCUGGAAGUUCUCGUAAAGUAAUAUAAAACCAGCUUUUUAUUUAUUUUUAUCUUUAAAAAAAAAAGGAAUAUUUUGGAAGCCAUUGGAGCAAGUGGAUAUGUUGACCUUUGUCUUUGUGUGCCUCGCUAUUUCAGUCACAGGACUGCGCGCUUUUACGGUUACUGUUGCUAAUCCCUCAGUACAGGUGAAAGAGAAUGAGGGAGUUGACUUGAAAUGUACCUACAGUUCUGACUUUGGGACAUCACCCAGAGUAGAAUGGAAGUUCAGGGAUCUCAAGGGCUCUCAAACAUUGGUCUACUUUGAUAACCAGCCAACUGGGAACUAUGCAGGCCGUAUCACAGUGUAUGAUGGAGGACUGAGAUUUAACAAGGUGACACGAGCAGACAACGGAAACUAUGAUUGUGAGGUGUCUGGAAAUACUGGAUAUGACGAGAAGACCAUCAAACUCACAGUCCUUGUGCCUCCUUCCAAGCCUGUAUCCAGAAUCCCUUCAUCCGUCAGGACAGGCAGUAACGCUCGCCUGACCUGCUUCGACACAGAUGGCUCCCCUCCAUCCAGCUAUAAGUGGUACAAAGACAACAUUCUCCUCCCCGAGGAUCCAACCUUGUCCUCCAAUUUUAAGAACCUCACUUACAAGAUGGAUGUUAAAAAUGGUAACCUGGACUUUGCGAGAGUAUCUAAGUUGGAUACCGGUUCAUAUUUCUGUGAGGCCAGUAAUGGAGAAGGCGCCCCUCAGCGUGGAGAUGCAAUGCGCAUGGAAGUCCAUGAUCUAAAUGUUGGUGGCAUUGUUGCGGCAGUUAUUAUUGCUUUGCUGGCAGUUGGAUUGCUCCUCUUUGGUCUUUGGUUUGCCAGAAAAAAGGGAUAUCUGCCAAGUAAAAAAAAUAGAAAGCAAGCCAAAACAAAAAGCGGUUUAUACACAGCCCGGAACAGAUGAUGAUGAGGAAUUCAGACAGAAAUCAUCUUUUAUUGUGUAGUCUGUGCUACUCUGCAUGAAACGUGGAGAUCUAGUGCCUAGAUCAAGUUCAUACAAAUCAGGAUCAGUGUAUAUGUGACGGGAAAUGCCUUCCUACUCUGCUUUCCUUGCUGGUUGACCAUAGAAAUAUUCAAAAGCAGCAAUUGUAAAUGUUCAGAUUUAAUUUUAGGAAUCUAGACCUGUUUGGUUUUGUAGAAAUGAAUAGAAAUGUAAUUUGUUGAAAUAUGAUUAGUCUGUUAGUGGAACACAAACCUAACGGGUCUAAGAUCAAUUCUCUAUUUAUAGAAUUCACUUUGUUGUUUAGUUAUGUGUGGACUAAGAUGUCCAGUGCUGUUUUUACACAACUCUGGACUAUGAGAUGGAAACUUUUUGGGGAAGAGAAGGUACUAUGAAUGUUCCCCUUUCAGGAUAUAAUAUCCCCUCUCCUUUAUAAAAACAUUUGCUGUACAUUGUAGUCAUUUGAUAUGUGGUUUAUGUCACUUUUUUAUGAUAGAGUACCUUGUGUGUUUUAUGUGUUUAUACCUUUUAUGAAAUGUAAAUAGAUCUUUCUGUCUUUUUAUUAGAUUUAUUUUAAGAUUUGAAAUGGUGCUUAAUUGGCCUUUCUGAAUGAUUAAUCUGGAAAGAAAUUACAUACUCCCUUUUGUUUGGUUUAACUUUUAAUGUGUUACUUGAUACCAUUCUUCUAAUAAAUGAAAUUUACUGAAUAUGA